CAGUCCGCUUGCCCUGUCGACCACAAGACCCGCGACGCCUGGAUCGAGCAGGCUCGUGAGGCCGAGGCGAAGAAGGCUCAGGCCCAAGCCCAAGCCCCAGCCCAGGCAAAGGCUGCUCCGCCUUCCGUGUGCCCCGUCGACCACACUGCCCGCUCCGAACCCAAGUCUUGGUCGCAGACGUUCUCAUCCUACAUACCCUGGGGCUCCUCGACUCCCACUGCCGUCCCUACUCCCACACAGCCUCCCCGCGGCGGCCUCGACACCGACCGAGCCGUGUCGACCAUCCCUCGAACAACCGGAACCUCGGCCGCAUGCCCCGUCGACCAUGGCGACGAUGCCCCUCCCAAGCCCGCGAACCACGAAAUGGAGACCGGGAUGGAUCCGUCUGGCAACUGGGUGUACCCGUCUGAGAAGAUGUUUUUCGAGGCGAUGAAGCGUAAGGGGUACGAUGCCAAGGUUGCGGAUAUGAAGACGGUGGUGCCGAUCCACAACGCCGUCAACGAGCGAGCUUGGAAGGAGAUCAAGGAGUGGGAGGCCCCGUACCUCACCGGCUCGAAAUGCGACGGCCCCAAGCUCGAGUCCUUCGCCAACAAGAUGGACCGCAUGACCCCGACCGCCCGCAUCAACACCAUCCUCGGCUUCACCGCGCCUUUCGACCGUCACGACUGGGUCAUCGACCGCUGCGGCACCCGCGUUGACUAUGUUAUCGACUUCUACGCCGGGCGACCAGACGGCAAGGGUGGACCAAGCUUCUAUCUGGACGUGCGGCCAAAGCUGAACACCUGGGAGGGCGUCAAGAUGCGGGCGAUGAAGUGGGCGUGGCUCGCCUAG